UCGGCGGGGGGCGGGGCCGCGGCCGUGAGGGAGAGGCCGCCAUGCUGCGGGAGCUGCGGCGGCGCUGGCGCUCCUACAAGUACCGCUUCGUGCCCUGGCUCGCCCUCAACCUCCGCCGCCAGCGCAGGACCCUUCGAUAUGUUCCUGAAAGCUCUCAAGACAAAAUUAUUGCUGAUGAAGAUGUUUUUGAAACACUAGUGAAAACAUUUAAAGCUCUGUUCAUAAAUGACUUCAGUAGACAAGCAGAUAUUCUGGCCUUGCUUCCAGAAGUCAAGUGUCAAUAUCUGGAAUUACUUACUGUGGAGCAGCAGCGGUCAGAAGUAAAUUCUUGUAACCAUCAGGGUCAGCAGGUGUUUAGUCCUGAGGAAGUUUUGUUUAACACGCUUGGGUUCACUGUUAGCAGAGACCGGAGUUCGCUGGUGUCUGCUGGAACUGGAGUCUUUGUUACCAGAGGUUCUGUUCCCAAAGGGACGGUUGUGUCUAUGUAUCCUGGUACAGUAUACAGAAAGCAUGAGCCCAUCUUUUUCCAGUCCCUUGGCAAUCCCUUUAUUUUUAGGUGCAUUGAUGGUGUCCUUAUUGAUGGGAAUGAUAAAGGACUGUCAAGAUCAGUGUACAGGUCUUGCAGCAGAAGAGAUCAACUUGGCCCUUUUCAAAUGAGUGAUGAGAGCUGGCUCACAGCCACCCUGCAAAACCCACUGGCAGUGGGACAGUACGUCAACAACUGCUCACAUGAAAAAGCAGCAAACGUGUGUUAUCAAGAGUUUGACGUGCCAGGACAUUUUCCAGUAGAAUUGAAACAAUAUCUUCCAAACAUCGUCUACAGCCAUGACAUAGAGAGCCACUUGAGGUGCGUAGUUCUGGUCACUCUCAGAGACAUCAAGCAAGGAGAAGAACUUUUUUCAAAUUAUUACACUGUUGUCAGCUGAAUUAAUACAGUCAAAACUGAAGAAAUCUGUGUCAAUAAAAUAUGUAUGGUGCCUGUAC